AGAUGAAAAGUAAAAAUUAGUAGUUUGUAGGAUUUUACACGUUGCUGAAGUCAAAUUAUAAAAUUGUAAAAAUCAUUUAAGUAUAUAUUUUAUAUUUGUAAGUUUUAAUUUUAAUCAAUAUUACGUUAGAAUAUGUCUUUACGUAUUCCGUUAUGUAUUUUUUUUUCAUAACAAUUUUUUGUUUGUUGAGUAUUCAAAUUAAAUAAAAUUGUAUUAAAUCAUUAAUUAUUAACUGUUUUCAAAUAAUGAAUAAUAUAAAUACAAUUUUAUACUUACUACAAAUAUGGAAUGUAUUUUCUAUCAGCAGAACCAAUAUUUUUUUGAAAAAUGAGUUAUUUCCUACAAACAAUACGUUACUGCCGUCAUGUCAAAGUAAAGUAUUCUGUGACAGUGACUUUUUACAUGAUGUCCAGAUGUCAUCUAUAUUCCCAAGUUCAGAGACUUUUUUUUUUAAACAGAUGAAGUUUACCGAAUCAGAAAUUUUGAAUAAAUACAUGAAACUUAAACAAAGCAAUAACAUGCAAGUACCGUCUAAUAAGAUCUUACGAAGUUUUAUAGAUGAAAAUUUUGAAAAUAGUGAUGAUAUUGAAAAAUGGACUCCUACUGAUACAACAGAAACCCCAUCAAUUCUUUAUACAAUUUAUGAUGAAAAUUACAAACAGUGGGCUGAAAUUCUAAAUAAAGCGUUAAAUGUUUUGGCGUAUAAAAUUAAAUAUGAUGUAAAAAUUCAUCCAGAUAAGUAUUCGUUGAUAUGGUUGCCCAACGGGUUCAUCAAACUAAACAACACUUUGAGAGAACUUGAUUUUUGGGAAACUUAUUGGGUCGUAAAAGGACUUUUGUUAUGUGAUAUGAAAAAUACAGCCCGAGGAAUUAUUGAUAAUUUAGUAUCAAUGGUGAGCAGAUUCGGUUUUGUGCCAAGUGGUGCUAGAGUAUUCAACUUGAGUAGAUCUCAACCACCAAUGCUUAUUUUAAUGGUAUUGAAUUACUAUCAAGACACAAAAGACUUUAAAUACGUAAAAUCUAUUUUGCCUGAAUUAGAAAUCGAACUUAAAUUCUGGUUAGAAAAUAGAAUGACAACAUUUUUAAAAAAUGGAAAAUCAUAUAGAAUGGCUCGAUAUUACGCACCUUCCAAAGGACCACGACCAGAAUUCUAUAGAGAGGAUUAUAUUGCAGCCCAGACAUUUCAGAACGAAAAAGAUAAAGAUGAAUUUUUUUUAAAUAUAAAAUCAGCAACUGAAUCUGGUUGGAAUUUCUUUAAGAGAUGGCAUACCCAGUUAAAUGCAAGACAUCUAUUUAAAAAUAUAACUGAAAUUGAAACUUCAAAAAUUGUUCCUGUUGAUUUAAACAGCAUUUUACAAGUUAAUGCGUUAACUUUAAGCAAAUGGUUUGAUAUGAUAGGCGAUAACAGAAAGACAAUUAAGUAUAGAGCUAUAUCCCUUAUGCUUUUAAAGAGCAUACAAGAAGUAAUGUGGAAUCCUGAGAUCGGAGCAUGGUUUGAUUGGGAUGUGAUGUACAAUCAAAGUCAAAAUAAUUUUUAUGCUUCUAAUAUUAUUCCACUAUGGACUGAAAGUUUUAGAAUGCCAAAAAAAUUGGUGUAUACUGCCGUAUUAAACUAUUUAAAUAAUAACAAUAUUAUUGAAGAAUCUGAUUAUACCAUUAAUGAUUACAAUAUCCAUGUUAAUAUGAGUUUUCGACUUAAUAGUAGAGAUUAUCUAAAUGUGGGAUCUCCUUUACAAGCUUUUGUUAUUGAAGGAUUUAAUCAACUUGGCCGUCCAAGUGCAAAAGACAAGGCUAAAAAAAUGGCUAAAGUUUGGUUAAGAAAUAGUUACAAACUUUUUUUUGAAAAUCGAGAAGUAUCUGAAGGAGAAAAUAGCGAUGACGAUGAAUAUGAUUUUCUGACUGGCUUUGACUGGACUUAUGGCCUAGCUUUAGAAUUUUUAAAAAUUUGGGGCGAUGUAGCAACUUAUGAAUAAAUACAUUAAUUUCUGAAUGAAUAAUAAUUACUAAAACAUAGUUCAUUAAUAGUUUUGAUCUAAUAGCUAUCAUAGGUAAAAUAAUAUGACAUAAUACCAUUCAGACUUCGUAAUAUAUUUAAAACAUAUAUUAAAUGAGUUAAUUUCAUACAAAUA